AUGGCUCUCAAACAAGUUGCCGACGAGACCAAGUCGGUUCUCCCAGGUAUCCUAUCGAAAGUCCCGUCCAAGUUCAAGGCCGAGUGGGCUACUCUCGAGACGAUAAACCAUCAAGAUGGAUCUACUCUCCCUAAAGAACGGUGCCCGGGCAUCAAGAAACCAUGCAUCAUCGAAGUACUCAACAUGGACUCGUUUGAUGCAGCAAUACAGCUUGAGCCCAACCAUACUGUCCGUCAGCAUUGUAGCAUGAAGAAAACAGACGUGGAUGUGGAUGACGACAAGCCUGCGAUCGCUCCCAAGUCCGACAUCGAUGCACCAAUGCAGGACGCCACCACAGAGGACGCUCCUGGAAAACUUCAAGACCCCGAAGUCGAGAAGCAAGCCGGAGAAGUCACUGAGCCCAUGCGAGCCCGUCCAGUUGCCGUCCUCAACCUCGCUUCUGAGCGAUCACCCGGCGGUGGCUGGCAGAAAGGGGCUCUCGCCCAAGAAGAAUGCCUCUGCUACCGCUCGUCGCUCUACCUCACGCUAGAUAGAGAGCAAUACUACCCAAUCCCCGCUCUCGCCGCUAUAUACUCACCCAACGUGGUCAUCAUCCGUAACGCCAUGUCCGACGGCCAUGAACUGCUCGAGUCCACGCAUCCCAUGGACCUCCCUGCGCUUUCUGUCAUCAGUGUUGCAGCCCUCCGUCAACCACCUCUGUCAGACGAUGGCAGUACAUUCAAGCACAUCGGCGCGAGGGCUCAUACCAAGAACAACGUCCGCCUCAUAUUGCGCGUUGCUGCUCGACAUGGACACACGAAGCUUGUGCUGGGCGCGUUAGGUUGUGGCGUGUAUUCCAACCCACCAGCGGAGGUUGCCAAUUGCUUUCUUGAGGUCCUAUGGGAACCGGAGUUUCAGGGAGGAUGGUUCGAGAAGAUUGUGUUUGCCGUUCUGGACAAUGUACGGGGACCGGAUGGUGGCAAGGAUGGAACCGGUAACUUCGGUGUUUUCUAUCGGAUUCUGCAUGGACAGGUUGUGUAA